AUGAGGUUCAGGGGUGCUACCGUAGCCCGCUCUUCGGCGUCAGUGGCAGAACGUCAAAGCUUUGACGAGGCUUACUUGCUCAGCCUGCUGAGCGACUCCAAUCUGCCCACGGGCGGGUUCGUUGCUUCGUCCGGCUUAGAGUCGUACGGAGUGCAUGGCUUUCUACGGCAGGAGAGCAGCAUCGCGGCGUCGGCAUCCACAGCUGUGCCAUCAACGAGCAGGGAUCGCACAGCUAUAGCCACCAUCAACUUUGUAAGGCACUCGCUUCAGUCAUAUGCAAGAAGUGCGCUGCCCUUUUUGCUUGAUGCCCAUCGCCUCGUCACCGCCCACCUCGCCCAAGACGAGCCCAGCGACGACGAUUGUUCCACCGCGCUGUACUCGCUCAUAACCCUCGAUGCGGCGUACCAUGCCUUCUCCCCGAAUCAUGUGCUACGCCGCGCCUCCAAAGCACAAGGAAUGGCCCUCCUUAUCCUCUACUCCAAAUCCUUCGCACCACCCCUGCCCAACCCCAGCCCUGCGCAAGAGUUGAUCGAUGAGUACAAGCGCAAGGUCCGCGCCUCUUCUACUCGCGAUACGGCGCCGCAUGGCCACUUGUCCAUCUGCUGGGGCAUCUUCACCGCCGCGCUCGGCAUGGGCAUCGAUGCGACGCUAUCGCUUCACCUCUUCUUGCAGGCAAGGACCGUCUUGUCGAGCAGUAUUCGCCUCAAUACCCUCGGACCAUACGCAGCGCAUUCCUUGUUGUUGCAUGAGGUCAGAGAGGUCGUGAGAGACGUAAAGGCAACGGCGAGAUCAGAGAGCACACCCGCAGCCAAUCCCUUCGCGCAGGACUGGAACUGGGACGACGAAGGAGCUUGGGGCCAAGAAGAGGAGGACCGCGGAGAGCGGGAUUUUCGCGCGCCGGCUAAUACCUGGCCGCUAGGAGACAUCGUACAAGCGCGGCACGACGUCCUUCACACACGCCUGUUCAACAGCUAG